AUGGUAUUUGCGAUUUGCGCGGCGCGAGGGAAACCGCCUAGAGGAGGGGAUUUCUCCGCUGCAUAUCUCCAGGUUCCGGAGGAAAAAGACAUUUACGCUCGCGUAUUUAAGGAAUAUAAAGACUUCAAAGGACCAGGUAUCAAUUAUUAUGGUAAAGUAUUGAAGCUGAAUAAGAAGUUAUACGGAGCUAAGUCGAGCGGAUUAGGCUGGUACGAUCACCUGAGUGAGCUGUUACAACGGGGAGGAUUUUCGGUCCACCCGGUAGAACCAGCUUUGUUUGUUGGUCCGAUUGACGAAGACGGCGACCGGGCACUAUUGAUGACUGUCGUUGACGACUUCGUAGUAUCAUCAAGUGAGAAGGUAUAUCUCGAGUUAGUGAAACAUUUUGAGACGAAUGGGUACACUAUUACCGGAAAAGGGAUUACUGAACGGUUCGCGGGGUUGAAUGUUGAGUGGAACGAAGAGAGCCCACACGUCGUAAAAUUGGAACAGUCCGAUAAACUAUCGGAUAUUGUGGAUGAUUACGGAGAUCAGCCGGGAGCGAAAGCACGACAUACGCCAAUCAACGCUGAUUACAACGUAGUUCUCGACAAGGAGUACGAGCCACCGUCCGAGGAAAUUAGGAAGUACAGGUCGUUACUCGGAAAACUUAUGCAUCCGGCGGUUGUUUCGACGCUUCCGAUAUCGUUUGCGACGUCUGCAAGCGCACGCGUGAUGUCGCGACCGAAACCGGAGCACUACCAGCAAUUAUUGCAGACGGUAGGUUACUUGAAGAACCGCGAUCGUAAGGAGUAUACCCUUAAGUAUGACUUCACCGAUUGUCCGAGGGACUUUAGAUUAUACGCCUUUUCGGACGCAUCUUUCGCGGACGGCGACAGUUCUAAGUCAACCGUCGGAUUCGUUGUUUGCGCGGGAGGAGCAGCAAUUCAUUGGAAGUCCGGUCUCAUGACGACAGUCGCGACGAGCACUGCAAGCUCUGAGCGGGACGCGGCGUUCCGAUGCGGUAAAACUAUCGCGUACUACACGCAUAUAUUGGAUACCGUUGGUUUCCCACAACAUGCGGUACGUUUGUUUUGCGAUAACAAGGCGACAAUAACGGGGAUGCUCAAUUGUACUGUGGACAGCCAACGACGGCACGAAAGGGUCGCGACGGCGUGGCUACAUGACAUUUGUGUAAAGCGGAAGUACAUACAGCCAUUCUAUGUUGAAUCGAAGCACAAUAUCGCGGAUGUGAUGACGUGCCGAUCACAUGUUUAG